AUGACUUCCAGCAACAGCAACAUCUACUCAACGACCAGGUAUCUGGCCCAAGAGCGGACGCAGAACGUCAAGAUUCCAGGCGGCAGUCGCUCUACCACACUUUCAGGAGUCAAAGAUGCCGACUUCGUUGCAAUCGGCCUUGGAGGCACAAACAUGCUAGCAAUGCUCUGGACGAUAGCCAUGGGCCGCCGCGCCGUUGGUGUCGACCUCCGCGGUGAUCCAUUUCUGGGAGUGCACUGGAACAUCCGUCAAGAUAUGUAUCAUCAGCUGGGGCUUAUCGACAAGAUGAUGUUGGAUCGAUACGGACUGGACAAUCUACCGAAAAGACUAGAUGGAUCGCUACUAAGCUUGGCAGAUCUCUUCUACCAUCCAAUGACGAAGUCUCGAGAUAUCAUACCAGGAGCCAUCAUUGAGGGAUACGAGAAGGAAUUACACAUGGUUGGUGAGAUUCACAACAUCGAAUACAUCGACGAUCGUUGGAAAGAUGGCAAACCUCAUCGCACAGUUACCACUGUACCUCCGCCAAAUAUUCCAGAACAUCCAUGUCCGACCAAGAUCCGGACAGAUUUGCGAGAGGUCCUCGAUGGCCCUUCAACCUUUCAGGCCGCAGCGUUCUCGAUCCAACUUCUUCUUCGUCGCUACCUCGAGGCACUGGAGAAGAUUGAUCUUAACGCUGGCAAGACGCCCAGAUGUCGUCUGUUUACCAAACACCGUGUGGUACAGGAUGGAAGCGGUCUAGUCCACCUUCCUUGCGGCAGAGUCCAGAUCCGAAUCGAAGAGGUCACUGAAGUCCAAUAUCAUAAUGACCUUCAACGUAUCCGCACACCGGGAAGUGACUUCAUCGACCUUGGUGUACCAGAGCUUUUCAGCAUUGCAACGGGUAUCAACUGCCGUGAAGCGGAGCAACUGGGCUUCCAACAACACGACGUUCACGUUGACCACGGCGACGGUCAAGGCGCCAAAGUAGCCCAGGCAGAUUUCGUUGCUGGACAGUUCAACAUUCUUGUAGACGGACGAUUACGCCGCCGCAUCGCUUCGGAAUUCGACCAACACGGCAACGAGUCUUGGGUUCGACAGAUCACGGUUGGCCACGAAGGCGAUCCGCGAGUAGCCUGGACCAUUGUCGAGGUUCCUGAACAUAUAUCUUUAUGUCCCGUCGAACGCGGCCUCGUCAGCGCUGAUACCAGUAAAGAUUCCGCGGAGUACUUUGCAGCAUAUCAAUUCUUGCUGUACGACUACUACAUCUCGCAAGCUUCUCUCGUCCUUGAAAUCUCACCCGACGAACUCCGCCGUGUAGCCAUGGUAUAUGGCCCCAAACCUUUCAGCCUCGUCGAGCGCAUUGGUACCGACGCACGUAUCGCCACAAACGGCAUCGUAGCAGGCGACUCCUUCGGCAACGGCCAUUUCCUGCAUUCAGCAGGCGCCAUGUGCGGCAUGCUCGGCCACGGCUACCGAUUUCUCGAAUACUGGCAACGCCGCGCUGCUUCGCACUGUGCCGAAUCAUCUCUCCGUCUGCUUGCAGACCGUAUCAAAGCCGAUACGGAAGCGCUAUUGGAGGUCAGUGCAAAGGAGUUCAGUCAAGCGAUUCCCAGUAACUUUGGUGCGGAGAGGGGGAGGAAAGUUGCGGCUGCUAGUGGGAUUGCGGAAGGAAAGAGAGCGAAGGUCAACGCGAAGAGGGAGAGAGGGAGGAGGUGGGAUCAGGCGCCGCUUAAUCCAACGGACUGGAGGAGAGUGUUCAUGCGAAAUGGGCGGACUUGGAGUGAUAAGUUGCCGAGGAUUGACGAGAGGCAUCCAGCUUCGAGGGUGGAGAAGGCAAAACUUUGA